AUGCGUUUCUCUGCCGUUGCCCUCGUCUUUCUCCUCUCGGCCUUCGCCGAGGCUCAGCAGUGCAGCACGCCUGGUCGAUACCAGUGCAGAGCCAAUGUUUUUCCUGCCGUAUGCGACGGCUCUGGCAACUGGGUCAUCCUGCAGAGAUGUCCCAACAACUGGCGCUGCAUUGAAAACAACGGCAGUGUCUACUGCUCUCCUUGA